AUGAAUCGUCAGAAUCCCAGCAGUGAGAGGAGUUGGGAGAAGACUACUCAGAGUCUAAAUGCUGAUGAAGAAGAAGAUGAAGACUUGGGUUGGCCUCCGAGUGACUGCGGUGAGGCAGAGAUGUGGAGGAGUGCUCAAGCUUGGUGUGAGGGGAAUGGAGGACACCUUGCUUUUAUCCCUGACGAGGACACCCAGUACUUCCUUGAGAGACACAUGGACACUAAGGAAGACUUUUGGUUUGGUGUGGCACCAUCUGCUGAAGAGUCUGGGAGAACCAUUGUGUGUGAGGGUCGUAACACCACUCUGCAGUGUGGUUCGGGUCAGGUGUUAAUGAUAGACGGUGGCUUCUAUGGUCGUAAGAGUAUUCAUUACUGUCGAUCCAAGUUCCCUCCACCAGCAUCCCCACAACAUGAGUGCAGCUGGGCGGACGCUGUAGAAUCAAUUACAGCUCGUUGCCACGGCCGACAGGUCUGCCAGAUCGCUGAAGUUGCGAACUCCUUUGCUGACCCUUGUCCUCAGCUGAAGAGCUACCUGUCUGUGGACUACCACUGCAAAGACGGGCUCGCACUGUCAGUGAAUCCCACUGCUGUGGUUCUUGGUGACGUCAGAAUCCACGUGAAGUGGCUUUUACAUUCACCUCUGACAAACCUUAGCUGCAGAGUGAACACAGGAGAUGGCCAUGUAAUUAAUUUGAACAAUCCAAAAGGGUUGGAGAACAGUGUGGUGCACAAAUACACUCAUCCAAGUACCUUUAUUGUGGCAGCUGAAUGCACUUGCAGUGAAAUGCACAUUACAGCUCAGAAAAUAAUUACGAUUCAAGAGCCUGUAGCAAAGAUCGGUGUUAUCAAGUGCUAUGCUGGAAACCUGUCUUUUUAUGAAACCAACUGCAAAGCCCUGUAUGGAGAAGCCUUUCAGAUUCAAAUGGAAGUAAAAGCAGGUACGAAUGUGACCUACAGAAUCGAAGCUGAUGAAAAGUCUUUGUCCGGUUUAUCUGUGGUCAGAGGAACUGAACCCCAGAACGUCACAGUAACAUCAGAAAUGGUGACACGGCUCGGGUCUGGCUGCCACCGUCUGACACUUUAUGCGUCUAACACGGUCACAUUCCUUGAAGUGUCCAAAGACCUGCAGAUGCUAGAUUUCAUGACCGGAUCCUGGGGAGGGAAAAGGGGCAGCGGCCUGGGUGGAGAGAUGCAGGAGGAGGAGACUGCGGAAACGGCGACUCUGGAAAAGGCAACUGUGAAAAAGGCGACUGUGGAAAAGGCGACUGUGGAAAAGGGGGAAAAGGUGACUGUGGAAAAGGUGACUGUGGAAAAGGUGGAGAAGACUGUGGAAAAGGUGACUGUGGAAAAGGUGACUGUGGAAAAGGUGGAGAAGACUGUGGAAAAGGUGACUGUGGAAAAGGGGGAGGAGACUGUGGAAAAGGCGACUGUGGAAAAGGGGGAAAAGGUGACUGUGGAAAAGGUGACUGUGGAAAAGGUGGAGAAGACUGUGGAAAAGGUGACUGUGGAAAAGGUGACUGUGGAAAAGGUGGAGAAGACUGUGGAAAAGGUGACUGUGGAAAAGGGGGAGGAGACUGUGGAAAAGGCGACUGUGGAAAAGGCGGAGGGGGAGGAGACUGUGGAAAAGGCGACUGUGGAAAAGGCGGAGGGGGAGGAGACUGUGAAAAAGGCGACUGUGGAAAAGGCGGAGGGGGAGGACCUGAUGGCGGAACGGAUGGAGGUGGCUCCAGUGGCUUGUCAUGUUAUGGAUUCAACUUUGAGCUCAAGCUCAGUAGAGAACGUCGUUGAUCAGCUAAAGGCAGAAGGCCAGCUGUCACCAGAAGUCGCUGGACAACUCUUCAGUUCUGUGGCCAAUAAACUUAACAACCAAUCUGAUCCUGCAGGACAAGCAGAUAGGCAAAAGCUUCGACAGAAGAUGCUGGACAUAAUGAUUGCUGUAGUAAAUGAAAAUCUCAACAAAAGUCUACAAGACGUUCAGGCGUUAGCCACAGCACUUGCUUCUCUCGUCAAGAAAGGGACUGAACUCAAUACAUCAGCACAGGAAGGGGCCGCGUCAUUGUUCGCAAACCUGAGUUCAUCUCUCCUCCACAUGGAUCUAAACGCAACUGAAGUCUUUGCCACAGCCAACAAUAUUGUGGAGGGCAUAAGCAACAUGCUCGACUAUUGUCCCAGUAAAAACACCUCAGAUGGCCUUCUUGGUGCCCUGUUCAAUAUACAGAGUGCGAUGUUGUUCUUUAUGGAGCUCAAUGAGGACUCAAGCAUAAUUCAGCAAACCCACGUUAAAGUACUUGUCAGAAGAGUUUUACCAGCAGUCUUGUACACAGGCUCCGUAAAUAUUACCAACUUUACCUGCGUCACAUUUUCUCUCCCACAACUACCCUCUACCAUACUUCCUUCAGACAAACCAGUGGAUGUACGAAUGCUGAACUUAGAUGUAAACCCAUUUUGUUGGAAGGUGGGAUGGGACAUCAGCGGAUUCGUAGGUUCUUUAUCCCUCACAACAAAAGAAGGGUCUGUUAUCCCUGUGGAAAACUUAAGUGAGGAUAUUCAGGUCGUGUUUCCACGGUUUGCUGGAGAACAAGUGAACACCACUAUUCUGGACUUGGGGAACUUCAGCACAACGGUUAUUAAUAUUCCUUCAGCGAACUCUACCCUGGUGCUAAAGAUGAUGCCUUCAAAGGUUCCUUUACCCUUCAAAGUCCUCCUUGGUUAUAAUGACUACCCUACUGAGACAAAUUAUGUAGCGGCAACAGAGAUGCCUCAGCAGGGAGCCACACAAGAGGAGAAAUACACAUGGCUCCUGCACCCUGAGGAUUUAAAGGGAAACACUGGAGUGCAUUAUCUUGUUGUGAGACCCAUAGUGGGCCCAGGUAUAAAAUCUAUCAAUGCCAGUUUAUCAAUUACGCCCAUCACAACCUCAUGUAAAUUUUGGAAUGAAUCACUACUUGACUGGAGCAAUUCUGGAUGCAGAGUAAGUGCAACAUUUCAGUCUGCUACACGUACACUGUUCUCUUUCAAGGUUGGUGCCAAUACCACGCAUUCAGAAACCCAGUGCCUCUGCAACCACCUCACCUUCUUUGGGAACUCCUUCUUUGUCACUCCCAACCUUGUCGACCCGUCACGCACUGCUGAGCUAUUUGCAACCUUUGCCGAUAAUCCUGUGGUUGUGUGCUUCGUCGCGGCACUCUUUUUGGCAUAUCUCUUGGUCCUUGUGUGGGCAAGACGAAAAGAUAUUCAAGACACAGUCAAGGUAAAGGUGACAGAGCUGGAGGACAAUGAUCCAAUGGAUGAGUAUCGCUACCUGUUGAGUGUCUGUACCGGGCAUCGUAUAGGAGCCUCCACUUCCUCUCAGGUGACAGUUACUCUGCUGGGUACAGAAGGACACAGCGAGCCUCACCACUUGACAGAUUCAAAGAAACGUGUGUUUGAAAGGGGAGCAGUGGAUAUGUUCCUGCUAACUACGCCCUUCUCCCUGGGAGACCUGCAGGGCAUCAGACUAUGGCACAACAAUUCAGGAAGCCAUUCUGCCUGGUACGUAGGCAAUGUCAUGGUGCAGGAUUUACAGACAGAGGAGAAAUGGCAUUUUCUAUGUAAUUCCUGGCUGUCGGUAGACAUUGAUGACUGUUCCCUCGAUAAAAUAUUUCCUGCUGCAACAGAGAUGGAUCUAAAGAGGUUCGGUAAUUUGUUCUUCACAAAGACAACAAAGGAUUUCAAAGAUGGACACCUCUGGAUUUCGGUGAUCAGUCGGCCACCGAGCAGCCACUUCACCCGUGUGCAGAGAGUGUCCUGCUGUUUUUCUCUGCUGCUCUGUACCAUGUUAACCAGUAUCAUGUUUUAUGGGAUCCCAAAAGACCCCUCUGAGCAAGUAAUGGACCUAGGAACUUUUGAGUUUACUUGGCAGCAGUUCAUGAUUGGAGUUCAGAGUUCCCUCAUCAUGUUUCCCGUCAAUAUCCUCAUAGUCAGUAUUUUCAGAUUCACUCGUCCUCGGGAGUUUUCUUGUUGCCAGCGCAAAAAAAAGAAAAAGAACACACAAGAUUCUUCUGCCACAACGGACAUGACUAACAGAGUGUCUUUAGAUGUUAUCAUUAAGGACAUCACAAGAAUUGCCCACUCUCUCUCUAAGACGAUGAAAAGCAACGUCACAUGCAAGGAGUUUAAGUUUGUGCCUGAACAAGAAAAUGAUGUCAAUGCUAUUCUUUCUAUGUUGAAAGACUUAAUCACACAGAAUAACACAGCUAGUGAAAAUAUCGAGACAAAAACACAGCCUCAGCUAUCAGAUAGCAGCACUUAUCCCGCAUCUGCAGAGGGGGUGAUUCAAAAGAAGAGAAACAAAAGCCAGUAUCUGUACAGACAACUGUGUCACAUCGACAGUGAGUUGAGUCAGCUGGGUCCCUCAGGCUUCCCGAAUCCACACAGCUACAAACAGGCGCUGCAGCAAGUCCAGAGCAUGAAGGAGUUGCUUGAAGAUCAACUCGUCGCAUCCAACAGUGUCGUUCCAGAUGAACCCACCAACAAAACGACGUGCUGUCACGGAGGUCUACCCUGGUGGUUUAUUUUUGUUGGCUGGCUGCUGGUGAUGGCAACCAGUGUCGUAUCAGGCUAUUUCACAAUGCUGUAUGGCUUGAAAUUUGGAAAACCGCGCUCCAUAAAUUGGUUGGUAUCCAUGGUUAUUUCCUUCUUUCAGAGUGUCCUCCUUAUUCAGCCGCUGAAGGUGCUUUGUUUUGCAAUCUUCUUUGCUCUUGUGAUUAAAAAAGUCGACGAGGAAGAUUUUCAAAAUGUUCAAUUUGAAAGAAACCACAGAAAUAUCGGUGAACAAAUGUUUGUGCGCUAUGGCAGUGUUUAUGAGCCGCCGCCUCAUGCAGACGUAGAAAAAAUGAGGAGGAACAGGAUGCUGGAACAGAAAGCCUUUGCUCUAAUCAGGGAGAUACUGAUCUACAUGGGGUUCCUGUGGAUGCUGCUGCUGGUGGCACAUGGCCAGAGAGAUCCAAAUGCUUUUUACCUAAACACACACAUUACACAAAGCUUCUGUGGAAACGCCCCAGCCACCAUGGCAAUUCAAGAUGUAUUCAACUGGGCCAACACAUCUCUACUCAGUAACCUCUUCGGACAAUAUCCAGGAUUCAUCACUGAUGGAAACUCGAAGCUUCUGGGAAAUGCACGUCUUCGUCAACUGAGAGUGAAGAAGAACUCGUGUCAGAUUGCAGGCCCCUUGCUAAAGAUGGUGCCAGACUGUAGCGCUCCAUAUUCAUGGGAAGCGGAGGACAUGGGCUCCUAUGGACCCGGCUGGAACACGUCUGUUGGAAAUAACAUCUCUGCAAGCAUUUCCAGUCCCUGGACGUACCAGACAGACUCUCAACUCAGAGCUUAUCCCGUCUGGGGAGAAUUGGCGCUCUACAGAGGGGGAGGCUUUUCAGUGGAGCUCGGCCCAGAUUUACAAACUGCAACCAGCACCCUCGACUAUCUGUUCAACAAUAUGUGGUUCGAUAUGUACACGCGGGCCAUCUUUGUUGAGUUCACUGUUUAUAAUGCAAAUGUGAAUCUCCUCUGCAUUGUCACGCUUUUGCUGGAGUCCCCUGCUGUAGGAGCCUUUCAGUUAAACAGUGAAAUGCAGAGUGUUCAUCUCUACCUGCCAGGUGACGGCCUUUACAUCUGCAUUAUGACCGCUGAGAUCAUUUAUAUGCUUUUCAUCCUCUAUUACAUGUUCAAUCAGGGGAAAUUAAUGAAGCAGCAGCGCUGGCUUUACUUCAAGAGCAAAUGGAACCUUCUGGAGCUUUCUAUCAUCCUGCUGAGCUGGAGUGCCGUGGCCGCCUUUAUCCAGAGGACUCUGAUCACGAACCGUGAUAUAGCAUACUACCAAAACCACAACGACAAGUUUGUCAGUUUUUACCAGACAGGCACAUCAGAAUCACUUUUUCAGUAUCUGAUGGCUUUCCUGGUCCUGCUCGCCACUUUCAAACUGUGGCACCUGCUUAGACUUAACCCAAAGAUGAACAUGAUCACAGCUGCACUGCAGCGAGCCUGGACCAGCAUAAGUGGUCUUCUUCUGAUCAUUGUGAUCAUGUUGCUGGCUUAUUCUAUUGCAUGUAACGUGAUUUAUGGCUGGAACCUAUCCUCUUAUAAAACUUUCAUGGAUGCUCUCAUGACUCUCAUCGGUUUGCAGAUAGGCAUCUUUAACUAUGAUGAGGUCCUGGCCAGCAAUCCUGUGCUUGGUGGGUUACUCAUUGGUUCCUGUAUAGUUUUUCUGACAUUCGUGGUGCUCAAUCUCCUGCUCUCGGUGAUCCUCGUGGCAUUCAAUCAGGAGCAAAAAUACCACAAGCCUUCUGAAGAGGAGGAGAUUGUCGACCUGAUGCUGAUGAAAAUCUGCAGUUUUUUUGGCAUCAAACGUAAACAUGCAAAAGACACCCGGGAGUCCGACGUGAGCGGCGGCUGUGGCUUGGUCCAAAAUAACAGCAGAAAUAUCUUCAACACUUCUUCUCCUGAUGCCAACAUUUUUCAGAUGUCUGACAAAUACGUAAACCUCUAA